CCCAGCCAUCUCCUCUUGUUGAAGAACUGCUAGUCCUCCGGUGUUCGUACUCAAGAUCUGACCAUGCCGGCCUGUGAGUUAUACCAGGACAUUCUGGAGGACGAGCCCGAGUGGGAUGAAGCAUCCAGGCGUGUUGAGGAUGGUGAUGUUGUGAAUGCAGCCUCCUCGCGAGCUUUGUGCCAGUGCGGCAGACCACUGCAUCGCUAUGCACGCUUGCCUCGUUAUCAGACCUUCCUCAUGUGCAGCUCCGCCAAGGACUGCACUCGCUGUGGAGAAGACAUCCUGCCUGGUGACAUGCAUUUCGUGUGCCCAGCUUGUUCGGAUGUGCACGUCUGCAAGGACUGUGGGCCUUCAGUCUACAUCCACCGUGAGUAUGACUUCUUGGACUAUGAGACUGGGGAAGUGCAAGUCCAAGAAGUGCCCAAGCGUGUCUUACAUGACCGGAGAGGGAGGUCAGUGACACUAGAAGAAGAGGCUCCAAGCAAGCGGGUUGCUAGCAAGGUCUUUGAGCAAGUGCAGCUCCUGGCCAAAGAGGUGGCCGAUGAAGAGGACGUCCUCGAUAAGAACUGGGAGCGGGAAGGGAUCUUGUUUCAAUUGCUCGGAGUCAACUCUGCAGAGCAGGCGGCCAAGAGCAUGUUGGAACUCAUCGAGGGCUGUCAGCGUGUCUUGAUGGCUCAGCCAUCCCUCACAGAGGUCGAGGUCCCUUGCAAGAUUUAUGGAGAUAUCCACGGUCAACUGCGUGAUUUGCUCCUUUUGUUCCACUCCUUUGGAUUGCCUGGAACACCGGAUUGCCCCCGGUGUGUUUUCAACGGAGACUUUGUGGAUCGUGGCAGGCACCAGGCAGAGACCAUUGUGGUGCUCUUCGCCCUCAAGGUGAUGUUUCCCAUGAACAUCUACCUGAAUAGAGGUAACCAUGAGGACACCACAAUGAACCACAAGUACGGCUUCCAGAAGGUGGUGCAAGAAGCUUUUGGGGAGCUUGGGCCACAGGUCUACCAGGCCAUCUCCACAUGUUUCCAAUGCCUUCCAUUUGCCUGCCUGGUGGGUGGACGGGUCCUGGCUUUGCACGGAGGAAUUGGGGAUGGCAAGUGGCGAUUGGACGAUCUGCGAAGAGUACGUCGUCCUGUCAAUCAUGAACAAUUGCAGGCUCCUGAAAACCGCUUGCUGUGGAAUAUCCUUUGGUCGGACCCCAUCGAAGAUGACUGCGUCUCCAACUGCGUCUUUGGCGUGCACGACUCCCAGCGGAGUAAAAUGGCCGUGCGCUUCGGUUGGAAUGUCACGCAGGACUUUUGCGUGCGCAAUGGCCUUGAUCUUGUGGUGCGCAGCCAUCAGUCCAAAAGGUGGGGCCUAGGCUUCGAUGUCAUGCACAAUGAAUCCUUGGUGCGUGUGUUCUCUGCAAGAGAUUAUGAGAACAACGAGAACGACGGUGCUGUGCUCCAAGUGCAGCAAGAUGAUGAUGAAGGUCAUCUAGGAGUUCGACCGCAGGUGCUGCGAGCCCUGGAAAACCGAGACGAUGCUUAGCACAGGCACUCCUCCCACCAGUUCUUGAAAGAAGAAUCCGCGGAAUCCUGUCUGAGCAGUAGUGAGGCUACUCAUUAGUAGUGCAUGGCAAGUGUUUCCAAUGCGAGUUUUGGUGGCAACUGCAGCGGCAAACGCCGAGCAAGUUACCACGUCUCACACAGGCAUGGCCGUUUGUUGACGUGUGAUUUGUGCUUUGAGC